GCGAAGCCCCGCCCUCCGGCUCUGAGCGCGCGCGGCUCCGGCGGCAGAGAGUUUUCGUGCACAGCGGACCCGGUUCGAGCCCGAGCUCGUGAGGAUGUCGCGGCUGCUGGAGAACCGGAAGCAGGACAGAAUGAAGGAGGUCCUCCUAAAGAACAAGGAGAAGGAGCGCCUGAAGGAAAGGGAGAAGGAGGCCAGAGAAAGAGAAGCUCGGUCCAGCAGUGGCCAUCUCUUUACCUCCCUCAGCGUGUCGGCCACCACCCUGUGCUCCUCCUGUAACAGGAGCAUCACAGCCAAGGAGGCUCUCAGCUGCCCAGCCUGCAAUGUUACCAUCCACAACCGCUGUAGGGACAGCCUGGCUAGCUGUGCUAAGAUGAAGCAGAAGCAACAAAAACUGGCAUUGAUGAGAAACAACUCGGCUCUGCAGAACGUUGCCCUGCGGACCAAGACACCAAUAAUGAAGGAACGUCCAAGCUCAGCCAUCUACCCGUCUGAGAGUCUUCGGCAGUCUCUGCUCGGGUCCAGACGGGUUCGGCCCAGCCUCUCGCUUGCAAAAAGUGUUUCCACCAACAACAUUGCAGGGGGAACGGAUGACUCGGUUGGUCUCAGGAGGAUUCUGUCCCAGUCCACAGAGUCUCUGAACUUCAGAAGCAGGACUCUGUCCAUGGAGUCUCUCACAGAUGACGGUGAGUGGUGGUGGAGCCCCCUGCUGGAGGAGCUGCAGGAAGAGGGCAGGAGCAUUCAAGCAGACAGCUGGAGUCUGGCUGUGGAGCCGCACUUCCUGCAGACGCUGCACAAGGACGUCAUCAAGCAACAGGACGUGAUCUACGUUUUCAGGCCAGCCUGCAGAAGAAAUGAAGAAACUUUACUCAGAGUUCUGCAGUCGACACCCCAAAGCUGUAAAACUGUAUAAAGAGGUUCUGAGUCGAGACCGAAGACUGCAGCAGUUCAUCAGGCGGGUUUGCCGUGGUCCUUUACUGCGCCGUCAUGGAGUCCAGGAGUGCAUCCUUCUGGUGACCCAGCGGAUCACAAAGUACCCCGUCUUGAUCCAGCGGAUUCUGGACAACACUAAAGGGAGUAAAGAGGAGGAGCACGCUCUGAAACAGGCCUUGCAGCUCCUGAAGGAGCUGAUCAGCUCUGUGGACCAGGAGGUGCUCGAGCUGGACAGAACCAGGAGGCUGCAAGAGAUCCAAGCCCGUCUGGACCCUCGGGCCCUGGCAGAAGUCCAGGAAGGAGGAGUGUUCAGGGCGGGGGAACUUCUGAGGAGAAAACUCCUCCAUGAGGGGACACUCCUCUGGAAGGUCCAGGGCUCCAGGAUGAAAGAUGUUCAGGUUCUGCUGAUGUCGGACAUCCUCGUCUUCCUUCAGGAGAAAGACCAGAAGUUCACCUUUGCUGCUCUGGACAAGUCUCCAGUGGUCUCUUUGAACAACCUGAUAGUUCGAGACAUAGCCAAUCAGGAGCGAGGGAUGUACCUGAUCAGCGCUUCCACCCCUCCAGAGAUGUACGAGCUGUACGCCUCAUCAAAGGACGAUCGCAAGACCUGGAUGAGCCGGAUCCAGCAGGCUGCUGUCAGCUGUCCCUCCAGAUUGGAGUUUCCUCUCAUUGAGACCGAAGACAAAGCCUUACUUCGCCGGCUGAGAGCUGACAUCCAGCAGAAAGACAAGGAGGUGAUGGAGCUCCUGCAGGAGCGAGUCACUUUGUUCUCCGACCUGGUGGAGGCGACGGCUCGGGAGGAGGCAGAGAGGGAGGGAGGCGUGCAGGUCAGGACCUCCUCCAGCAGAAACCUGUUCAGGGCGGACACUCCUCAUGCUGCCAAAGCCGAACCGCUCCUCCUGGCUGCCCUCGGUGGAGUCGACAGGCUGACGGCGCUGCUGCUGGACGCCAGCCUCCAGAAGACCGUCACCAACCAGGACCUCAGCAAUGGCGUCUCUGGAUCUGUAAAUGAUUCCUUUAAAUUGACAAACAGUUCAACAAAGGACAACAAUGGCAACCAACUGCAGGAGCGAGCCCUGAACCAGGUAGGAACCAUAGAUCACCUCCCACCCUCGCAAAUUCAGGCCAGAGCCUUCGCCGUCACUUCCUGGAACGUCUGCCACGAUUGCAACCCGUCGACAGCGAUUAGUCCGAGUCGGUCUGAUUUACGUUUUAGAGAAGUACGGCAGCAGCUUGUGGGUCUGAGCACGCUCCUCCACGCUCUGCAGGCGGCUGUCAUUCGUCAGGACUCCAUCCUGGAGCUGUCCUCAAGCGCCCCCUCUUCUGCCACCCCUGGCUCCGCCCCCGGCCUGAACCGCUCAGUGUCACGUGACUCCGGACUGGACACGAACGGAGAGGUGGUGCUGCUGCAGCGCCAGGUGGAGCUUCUGCAGGAGGAGUUAACACGGCUGCGGCAGAAGGGCGGGGACUUAAGCAAGAAGGGGGCGGGGUCAGGGAAGAAGAAGAAGAAAGGAAAGAAAGACAAAUCGGAUCCGUCCAAGGCAGAGGAGGUCAAUAAGGAGCUGGAGCCCCGCCCACUUGCUCCACUCGCCACUGAGGAUCCUGUCGAUCAUUUAGACGGUCUGCAUGAAGAGAACGAGGACGACAAGGAGGACAUGAUGAAGAUCUCUCCACGCUCUGACAGCCCGCGAGACCUGCAGGACAUCCCAGAAGAGAGCGAGAACUAACCACACCGCAGAUCCGUGGUCGUCAGUCCUGUGAUGUCAGAGCCCCUCCCCUCAUUAGACUCCAUGCUGCUCUGCAUUCUGAGGGGGGGGGCAGCUUUACCUUCACCAAGAUGUAUAAUUGCUGUUCAUGCUGGGGGGGAGGGGGGUGUAGCUGUGGAUGCUGGGUAAUGCACCCCCCCACACACCCACAGUUUAUCACUACGUGACCCAGAAUGCAUUUGGUGUUGGAUCCCUCCCCCAUGGAGCACCCGUGGGGGUGGGGCUUGUGUUUGUGUAGUACCGUGUGCAUCGCUGCACUACAGUUAGCAUGUUAGCAUGUUAGCAUGGCUUUGUUUAUACUGAUAUAGGAAACGAGUUGUUAGGGGGGGCUCCUGCAGCUCAGACGCUAUGGAGGAGGUGGAACUUCUGCAGAGACACGCCCACAUUUGGGAUUUUGCUUCCACCGCCGGAAUGGAAGCAGGACACUGUAACCACGGCGCAGACGCAGCUGCAGCCGCAGAUCUCUUCUACUGCAUCUGCAUCAAACCAAAAAGACUUGCAGGACAGAACGUGAUUGGUCUGUGAGAACCUGCUCACCUGUUAGCUCACCUGUUAGCUCACCUGUUAGCUCACCUGGACCUUCAGCAGAAGAACCCCCCACCUUAAGGUCUAGAUGUAAGUGAACUCUGUUUACAUUAUUUAGAGAUCCUCAGGAUGAUGCUCUGAACCUGUUCAGGUGGUCCAGAAACGUUUCAUAUGAGAGCGGGCUGCUGCUCAGCUCUAUGCCUCAGCCACAAGCCGCUGGUUCGAAUCCCGGCUGGGACCUUUCUGUGUGGAGUUUGCAUGUUCUCGUGCAUCAGCUGUCUGCACCAUCCUGCCACAGUCCAGACUGCUGCUGACUCUAAACUGUCCUGGUGUGCUGGAGACCCGACCGCAGCCGGACGUUCUCCCUGGAGGAGCUGGAACCGGCUCCAGCAUCCCAGAGGACCGAGCCGGUCCAGAGAACCGAACGGAUCCAGAGAACCGAACGGAUCCAAAGGAUCGAACCGGACCAGUGCACGGAUGUUAAAUAGUUUUCUGCUGAACUGGAUUUGUUUGUACAUGAUUCCUGCUGUACGUGUCAGUUCAUAUAAAUCUAAUCUGCUUCCA